UGCAUUAGCUCUUUUUCGUACCUCACGUGCAAGAGCCUGAGGUGCGGCUGUACGUGAGAGUCGCGAGUUUUCUCUACGAGAUUCGAAAUCUUUUUAAAAAUCAUAACUCUAUCGCUCCGUUGAGGUAAACGUUUGAUCUUCUGAUUGUACAUCAAGGUUUGGACGUUGUCAAUAGUUUUUGCGAAAAGCAUAUUGAUUUUAUUAUGGGUUUAUUUAAAUUUUUUUGUUUAUGAUUGGAUUUGUAAAGUAUGAAGAGCAGAAAACCAAUAGGCAAUAGCCAUUCGUAUUCCGCUUGACGUGGCUCACUUAAACAGAUAAAAAGAGAUGAGAAAGUAGCGAGGCAUGUUUUUCGAUCCAUCUGACGGACGAUAGACAUCGAAAAGAUUGAAACGCGUGUGCGCCUUGGUUUAUUCAAACAGUACCGACCACCAGAUGGCAGCAGAUAAAACUAAAUGACGUAUCUUUCGGCCAGUCUUUCAGUUGUUUUUCUCUGUAAAACCAGUUAGAGGGUCCGCCAUUUUGUCGCGUUUGUUUUUAUUGAGUUGUUAUUUCGUUUGUUGAAGAUCUGAAAGAGAUCACGAAAUUCCCAUUUCUCGUUCGCCAGUUUGAUUGAAUGUGUAUCGAAUUUCUGCAGAGAACAUAGUCUAGCUGUUGUCGUUGCUCGUGUUGACCGAUCUACAUUGACGAAAGUAGGAGAGCCCAGUGUGAAGGGCGAAUCUCCGUAGAGCAAAUUACACAAUUCCUGACGUAUAUUAGUGUGUAUGUUAGCAGUUUUAAGUAUUGCUAUAAAUGAUCAGGAUUCAAUAGGUUUCUUGACUGUUGGUGUUGUUGAAGAGUUCCGCUGCUGAAUGGGCCCAUAACUGAUUUAUGUAUUUGGGGCUUGCCCACGCUGAAGACACCAGAAACAGCAAAAGUAGACAGCUUUUUUGAGAAUUUCUUGUAAGAGUUGGAGUUGUUUGAAUCUUUUUGGGAAAAUGGGCUGCACUAGACAAAUUUUUUCCGUAUUUCUCCUCGCAUCAGCUGUGCUACUUUUGUCAAGAGUCUCUCCAGCUGAGAGUUCACUCAUAACCACAAAAUGUGAAUAUUAUAAUCAUACCAUUUGCCAAGACACUGGAAAGGGCUGCAAUGAAACAGAGUAUUGUGAAGUUGCCGAACCCAACAAAAGGAAUCAUUGCUAUGUUCUGUGGCAAAAUUCAAGCAAUGGAGAGCUUCAAAUCAAAUUCAAGGGCUGCUUUUUGAACAAUUUUGGCUGUUACAAUCAGUCCAAAUGUGUGGGUCAGAAAGAAGAACCAAGAAAAAACCUACUUUUCUGCUGUUGUGAAGGUGAUUAUUGCAACAGAGAAUUUUCUUGGGAGCCCCUAGCAACAGAGACACCACCCACUAUUGAAGGUGCUCCCCCUUUGAGAAGUUCUCAAAAACCAAUUUUGAACACACUCAUGUACACACUGGUUCCUAUUGUGGCCAUAACCUUCAUGAUUGUAAUUGGGUAUUGGAUGUACCGUCGUCAGCGAAUGGCGUACUUCAAUGAAUUACCGACCACUGAGCCUCAAGCCAUCCACCCUCCAUCGCCAACACUGACCGUAAGCCCUGUGCAGUUAUUAGAAAUCAAAGCACGAGGCAGAUUCGGCGCUGUUUGGAAAGGCCAGCUGAAAACCGAAACUGUGGCCGUCAAAAUUUUCCCAUUGCAGGACAAACAAUCUUGGCUCGCCGAGCAAGAGGUUUUCAAACUACCCCAGCUUGAUCAUGACAACAUUCUUCAAUUCAUGAGCGCUGAAAAGAGAGGGGAUAGUCUCCAGACAGAAUUUUGGUUGAUUACUGCUUUCCAUGAAAAAGGCUCACUCUGCGACUAUCUUAAAUGCAACUCAUUAUCAUGGACGGAACUGUGUCGGAUUGCCGAAGGGAUGGCCAGAGGACUGACUCACCUUCACGAAGAGGUCCCUGCUACUAAAGCCGAUGCUUGCAAACCUGCCGUGGCUCACAGAGACUUCAAAUCAAAGAACGUACUGCUCAAAUCAGAUCUAACCGCUUGUAUUGCCGAUUUCGGAUUGGCUCUCAUUUUCUACCCUGGAAGACCCGUCGGAGAUACUCACGGACAAGUGGGCACUCGUCGAUACAUGGCACCUGAAGUAUUGGAAGGUGCCAUCAACUUCAAUAGAGAUGCAUUUUUGCGAAUCGACAUGUACGCAUGUGCUCUUGUACUAUGGGAACUUCUUUCCCGUUGCCGAGGACAGGACGCACCCGUGCCAGAAUACCUCCUUCCAUUCGAAGAGGAGGUGGGGCAACAUCCGACGCUGGAGGACAUGCAAGAGUGCGUGGUCCACCUCAAGCGUCGCCCCGUGCUGAAGGAAAUGUGGAGGCAGCGCCGUGGUAUGGACAUUUUGUGCCAUACCAUCGAAGAGUGUUGGGAUCAGGAUGCCGAAGCCCGGUUGUCAGCGUCUUGUGUGCUGGAGCGUGUUACAGCUCUGACACGACUCUACCCUACGACUACGUUUAACAGCGGUCAGCCAGUAAGAAUCCCUGCUUUCCUUCCACCUCCUCCGCCCAAUUUGAAUUUGGCACCUAACCACAACAACUACACAACCAUGAGUACCGGCAGCGUGGGGCCUAUCCCCCACACAGAGUCGAACAUGUAGCAUCCCCUCCCUGGUUAGGAGUGAAUGACGACUACUUGUAACGCCAACGUACCUGCCGCGAAGUAUAUAGAAGUGCAUCAAGUGUCUUGUGAGUUUUGUGUCAGGCUUUGUGACAUUUGUUUCUCUUCUCUGCCUUUCUAGCCUCGACUUUUUUUCCUUUUCUAAAUUUCCUUUUUUUCCUUCUCGUGUAUUAUUUUUCUUCACUAUUGUUUCGUUCACUUUGAGGCUCGUUCAUCGGCCAUAACUGUAACCAACACUUAUACUUCCUUCUACGAGAUCCCUCGUCUGACAGGUGAAAGGAAGAACAAAUUUUCUGCUCCGAUAUAACUGGAUAACCCCCGUUCCCUUCAAAUCCCUUUCCAACGAUUGAAACCUAAACGUCGGCAAUGUAACCAACAAGAAAUUGGUAACGAAAUGAUUAAAAAAAAAAGUGUGAAAUACUCAGGGAUCAACCGUCAGGCAGCCCCAUUCCACCCCUUCAGUACUCAACACUCGAAUUCCUCCACUCCCUGCAAUAUACAAAGACUAUUAGAAUAAUACCGUGGCUCUUUUUAAGAGUUUUCUUGAACAAUCAACAGCAUGUGCUCCACUGUUGCUCCGAUCCGAUUUGAAUAAGCAUACAUUUUUCAGAGCAUUCAGCUCAUACUCCUAGUAAACGUGCAAUAGUCCAUCAAAUCAUUUCCCUGCUAGCCAUUUGUCCUCCUUCCCACCUGCCAGUCGUACGUAUCUACGUACGAAUUGUUUGUUUGUUUGAUUUUUUGUUUCUUUUUCUUCAACGUAAAUCCAACUAUUUUAUAACUUAGAUAAUUUGAGUCGUACUUUCUGCUUCGUCCAUUUAACUAAAACAUUUCGUACGAAGUGUAAACGUGUAAACCCUUCGAUUCCCCCAAGGUUUCCUCUUCUAGCGUUGUUCAUCCCAUCGAUUACAGAACUUGUUAUGUAUACUUCAUAUGUUUGCAAUUUUUUUUUUGCUAACCACUCAAAAAAUAUGUACAAUUUGACAUCGAUAUGUUUGUUAAAAUAUGUUUCGCUAUGCCCAUCGUGGUGCAGUGGGAUUUCGCUCCAAUUUCAUUUAUACAAGAAUCAUCAUCUGUGCUUUCGACAACCUAUCUUCUCUCCCUAACCACGACGUUUAAAAAAAAGUUGCUGUACUAUUAUGUAUCUCUGUAUCGAAUAGGGAGAAAUUAAUGCUCUGUUCGGAUACAACAACCAAAAAAAACUGGAUUUCUGUAGCGUUAUCUACCAAAGUGUUCUCUAACUCGAAGGUUUAUAUGUAUUGGUGGAAUUCAAGGACUAAAUCGGUUGCAUAUUCGCUGCUAUAAAAUUCUUUCUCGACUUUUCUACAUGACUCAAAAGAUCUUUUUUAAAACUUAUUAUUAAUGUAGUAGUAAUACAGU